UUCAUUGUAGAUUGUACUUUAUCGAGUUUUGUUUUGCUUUUGAUGAAGUUUUGAUCCAAAUUAAAUUCGGAAUCAAGAAGUUUCAAGUUUUGAAUUUUUGUUUUGCUGUAAGAUUCAACUGAAUUGAAUGAGUUAAUAAAAUUGCGUUGGUUGAUUCUAUUGAAAAUAUGUUGAUGUAACUAAAAACUUGAAUAUUGGUGAACAUUUCAAACCUUUGUUAUCAUAAGCGCUUUCUCAAAAGUCAAACCUUCAAUUAUCAUUAGUCAUCAGUUUAAUUUAACAAUUAAUUCAAAUAUUAUUCAAUAUGUCAUCGUGGAGCGAUAAUAUCAAUUUAAAUUCCUGCCUUUGGUUCGAAGGCGAAGAUAAGAGGAACACAACUGCAGCCAUAUUAGCUGGUAUUUUCUUCUCUGUCGGAUGGUGGUUGAUGAUCGAUGCGAAUUGGGUAUAUCCUGCUGCAGUGAGUAGUGGAUAUUAUGUAUGUGGUAUUAUAGCUACCGUAUCAUUGAUCAUGGUAAAUUUAGUAUCCCAGUCGCAAAUUCGCGGAGAUUAUGCCGGAGGAUAUUUUGGUCCUAACGGAGCUCGAGCAUGGUUAUUCGUCGGUUUUGUAUUGGGAUUUGCGUCAGUUAUUGCUUCAUUUUGGAUAUUUUUUGCCGACUUCGUUCCGCAUUCUAGUGAAAAAGUGCCAGGAGUUGAAUUACUCACGCAGAAUAUUUUCAUUUUCGUCAGUUCUUUAAUUUACAAAUUCGGACGAAUUGAAGAGAAUACGUGGUGAAUUAAUCAAUUAAAACGAAUUUUUUAUACAUAUAUUUUUCAUCAAUUUUAGAUUUAUUAUAAUUAAGACAUGUUCCUUGAUUUCAUUUAUUGUAGUUUAACUAUCUAUUUUUUAUUCUAUAAAUAUUGUAAUUAAAUAAUGUAUGUACUUUCAAAUUACCGAUUUUACGAUAGAUAUGUUUUAUAAUUUUAUUUUGCAUUAUAUUUUAUUCGAGUUUUA